AUGGCAGCGCACGACAGAGUCAUCCCUCAGGUCGAACAAGAAGAAUACGAUUAUGAGUCCCUUCCACCGAACUUCUCGCUCGCGGCGAAUAUGGCCGCUGGCGCAUUCGCGGGCAUUGCUGAACACUCGGUGAUGUACCCAAUCGAUCUGCUGAAGACACGGAUGCAAAUGGUGAAUCCUACACCCGCCGCGAUCUACACUGGCAUCGGCAACGCAAUCACAACCAUCUCGAGAGCAGAGGGCUAUUUGUCAUUAUGGAGAGGCUUGUCGAGUGUAAUAGUGGGAGCAGGUCCAGCACAUGCGGUUUACUUCGCUACCUACGAGGCCGUGAAGCAAGCCAUGGGCGGUAAUGCCUCUGGCCAUCAUCCGUUGGCAGCAGCAUCCAGCGGCGCAUGCGCGACAAUAGCGAGCGACGCCUUCAUGAACCCCUUCGACGUCGUCAAGCAGCGAAUGCAGGUCCACGGCUCCACCUACCGAUCGAUCGUCGAGUGCGCAACCACAGUCUUCCGGAACGAAGGACUGCGAGCUUUCUACGUUUCCUACCCCACGACACUCAUGAUGACCGUGCCAUACACCGCUUUACAGUUCACCGCCUACGAAUCUCUGACGAAGGUCAUGCAGCGGCAUCGAAGAGUAGGAUACGAUCCGUUGACGCAUUGCACGGCGGGAGGUUUGGCGGGUGGUGUUGCGGCAGCGGCAACUACGCCGUUGGAUGUGGUCAAGACGCUGCUUCAGACACGGGGUACUUCAUCAGAUCCAGAGAUCAGGCAUGCGCGAGGGUUGUUCGGCGCAGCGGGCAUCAUCUGGAGAAGAGAAGGCGCGAGAGGUUUCUUCAAGGGCACAAAUGCGCGAAUUGUCACUUCAGCACCCAGCACGGCGAUCUGCUGGUCGGCAUAUGAGGUUGCAAAGGCGUACUUCAUCCGGGUGCAGAAUGAGACGACUUGA